AGAAAGAAACUGGCGCGAAUGGCGUCGAGCGCGCGAGCGGGACCCCCUACAGCUCGCCGCACUGGUUCCGAAAUGAGCAGACGCUGCCUGAACGCCGGAAAAGUGAGACGGAGACGAGUUCGCUGAAUUGACAUUACCACACCACCACACAAGCAUUUUGACAAGUACCGUUUCCCCAUCGUGUGUGCAGCAGCAGCGCCCUACGAGAGUUUCGCCCGAACCAUUUUUUCCCGAAAUGCAUUUGUAAAAUCCUGCAUUUCCGAUCAAAGUAGCAUUCCGCAAGCAUCGUCCGCCGUGGUGUGAUGUAAAUUCGGCACCGAAGCUGACCUGGUGCGUCCCUACAGCCAGCGUGUCGUCCGUCGGUGGCCUCACCAGAACCACGGCAGACAGAAUCGGACAACGGCUGUCAGCUCUCUCCCUGUGUGUGCGUGUGUGUAUGCUUGUGUAUAGUUCGCGUGCGUGUGUGUGUGCAUCCUAAUGUGAUCCUGCGUUUUUUGUUGUUGUGUGUGUUGCACUCGGUUGGUCGGUUUUUUCGCAAAUGAAGAUGUUUCCCGAGACGCUCAUAUCGCGCCUGAAGCAGUUGCUGACGGGCGGUGGCGGUAGUGGCGGCAGUACCGACGGCAACGACCGUAAGCGAAAAAGUGUAGCGCUGCUAGACGUCGAUGCGAAAAAGCGCCGAAUGACGACCCUGUCUUCGAUUCCAGCGCCAGUGGAACAGUCAAUAGUGGGCAAUCACCACCAUCACCAACACAACAGUAGUAGCGGCAACAACAGCAGUAGUAGGCCUUUGCUGCAGCAGAACGGUGCGCACGGGGGGCUUUCCAAUACGAUGGCGAACGCACGGCGGCUCAGCGAAAUCACCGACAUGCCGCCGGUGAACCACCAGCACGUCCCGUACGUUCCCACGCUCGGCCUGGUGCAGCGGAACACACUUCCGGGUGUCGUCGGUAGCAGCCGGAGCAGCAUCAUCGGAACCGGUGGCGGCAGCAGCAGCAACACCAACAGGAGCAGCACCGUCCUCAACGAUCGGUUCGGUGCAUCAGCACUACGUCCGCUCGGGCGAAGAAACAACAAUGGGCCUCCGCCGAGCUUGAUCCCAAUCAAGUACGCUACGGCACGGCCAUCAAUCGGUAGCCAGGGUAACGGCGGUACCAGCAGACCGUUCGCGGGGGGACUGUUCCGGCAGCAGCAGCAGCACAUCCCGGCCGCGGUUCCGCGCCCCUCCGAACCCGGCAACGUGUCUCUGCUAGCGACGGAUUUCAGCAACCUGCUCCGCUCCAAGAACAGAUUGACGCCGUCGACCGGGUCCGACGGUACGGCGGCAGCACUAGACCGCGAUCUAAGCGUGCAGCGCGAAGUACGACGGAAGUACGAAGCGUUGAUGCAGAAGUUCAUCCCGAUCGCGAACAAUCCCCCACCGCUGGGUGCGUACGAGCGGUACACGCGCAAACCCAUCAACGGAGAUGCGGUGCAGCGACCAGAAGCGGCAGAAGCGGAGAAGAAGCACGGUGCCUCGCUGGAACUGACGGACGAUGAGGAGGAGCAUGUGCAGGAUGUGAGCGAUGCCAGCGAUGACUGUGUAGAGGUGACGAGCAAAUCGGCCGGCCGCCUGUUUACCACGAUCGAUCCGCACCAGCUGAGCGCUGCGCAGGAACGGGAGGAGGAAGAGCAAUCGGCGGCGGCCGCCGCCGCCGCCCUCCUGCCCGAGCCGGUCAACUCCGUCCGGGCGCGGUUCGAGACGAAGCACGUGUUCCGGGACGACAUCAUACAGGACGUGCAGGCGCGGUACGGCAGCCUGUUCAGCCAGCGCAAGUCGCUGAUCGAGCAGGAGCGGCACCGGCUCGGCAGCCUGCGCCAGUGCACGCAGCAGCAGGAGACGGAGGCGCGCAACAAGCUGCACCACUACGUCUGCUCGUUCUACAAGUUCGACGUGCUGGACGAGUCGGAGCUGAAGGAGGGUACGCCCGAGCCGGAGGUGGUGCCGCUGCCCGAGCUGACCCGGGAGCAGCUGGACGAGAUGCAGCGCAAGCUGCGCACCGGCCACCAGGUGGUGAUGGAGAAGUUCAACCUGCGCAUCACCGGCAACGAUCUCGUCACGCUGCAGGACAUGAACUGGCUGAACGAUGCGGUGAUCAACUUCUACAUGGAGCUGCUGCGCGAGCGAGGCGAGCAGAAGCGCGACCAGGGCCUGCCGAAGGUGUACACGAUGAACACGUUCUUUCUGCCCCAGCUGCUGAAGAUGGGCUACGCCGGCGUGCGGCGCUGGACGCGCAAGGUCGACCUGCUGGCGCACGAUAUGAUCGUGGUGCCAGUGCACGUCGGCGGCAUCCACUGGUGCAUGGCGACGAUCGAUCUGCGGCACAAGACGAUCCACUACUACGACUCGAUGGGCUCGCCCAACAAUGCGGUGCUCAAUGCGCUCGAGCAGUAUCUGUGCGAGGAGUCGCUGGACAAGCGCAAGGCACCGUUCGACAAGACCGGGCUGACGAAGCAGAACAUGCGCGACUGUCCGCGGCAGAAGAACGGCAGCGACUGCGGUGUGUUUAGCUGCAUGUUUGCGGAGUUUCUGUCGCGUGACCACCCGAUCACGUUCGACCAGUCGAACAUGCCGUACUUCCGCAAGAAGAUGACGAUCGAAAUCAUGCUCGGCAAGCUGCUGACGUAAGUGUGUGCGGAGGACCCGGGGGAGAAAGUAAUGGAACAAUGGAACAACAAAAAAAACCGCGGCAAACCUAAUAAACCAACCAAGCUGAUGAUAUACACUCACACACAUGCACCCAGCACGAAAA